AUGGCUGAUCGGCUUGAGUCCGAGCUGCGGAGGACGUUAUUGUCGAUUCACGACUAUUUCUGUGCCGAAGACGCUGCACUCGGGCUGCCUGAACUCAUCCGCGGGCGGCGCGAGGCCAAUUCUCGGCAUGAAGCAUCCCUGGCGGAUGCCCGCGCCCGCGUGCUCGAGCUCGUCGAGCGCGUAAACGAGGCUCACCACGCACUCGAGGCCAGGCUCCUCGACGCGCUCGGGUCCGUCCCACCACGCCUGCGCGCCCAGCGGGCGGCAGAGGCGGACGUCACCGCCGCGACGAUCGAAAUCGCGCUGCUCAAGCUCUCCGUCGUGCGCCUGCGCGCCCACCGCGCGCUCUACGGUCAUGCCGCCGCCAAAGACAGACCGGACGCGACGGUCGCCCGCGCCGUCGGGGGCAUGUACGAGAAGCUUAGGGAGAAGCGACGGGCGCAAGAGACGGAGGCGAGGGCGCUCGACGGGCACAUUGAGAAAUAUGAGGCGGCGCUGAGUCUGGUGGACGGGCCGGAUGGUGGGUUCAGGCAGAUUGUGAGGGACAUGGCACGUGUGAAGAGAGACACGGAAGAGUGCAAGAAGGAUUUGAGGAGGCUUGGGUGGACGGAGGAUUGA